AUGCGCCGCUCUUCGAUGAAGUUUGGAUUGCGGCAAAUACUUUCCGAGGAACUGGGGAAGGCAGCAAUAUUCUUGCGCUUUAAAGCGAACGAAUAUAUUGCCUCCACCGCAAGGGCUUGUCAAACGUUGACUGGAGCCGAAACUAACCCGGAACAAGCAAACAAACGCCGUAAGCACCGCCAAGUUUAUGAAGAGAUCCUUCGACAAAGGCAGCAAGUAGCUCAGGAAGCGGCACGGCGGGCGAUGGAGGGAAAGAGCCUCAGGGAGCGUCUCAUGGCCAGUGCUUCCGCCGCUCUUAAGGGACUGAAGGAGGCAACAUCAACGAAUGCUGGAGCCCUGGCGUUGCUGCAGCACUGUACCGCCGCGCACGCGGCAGAGGUGGCCGUUGAACAGGGUAUUGAUGUGAAGAGCGUAACAAUGCAGGUUGAGGAACGGAAGACAGGCUCACAAGUGGGGUCUGAGACCGUUGUGGUGGGUUAUAUCGACGCUCCAAACACCUCCGAGGAGGAGAUGAUGGCGUUCGCGGAACAACUCAGCAAAAAGUGCCCGAUGGCCAACGCUAUGCGGGGGAAGAUUGAGUGGCGGCGAGCGAAUGGGGAAGUGCAACAUAACGACGAACAAACUACAGGGAACGAUAAUAGCGUUGGCAGUACUAGCGAUAAGGCUGGUGAUGCGGGCUCCAUACCACAUGGCAUGCCCGGCACUCGGUAUUACUCCCAUGAAUCGAUGCGUAGAGGUGCUGGUGGUGUUGGGGAUGGCGAUGAGCUUCAUCUUCCUGGUGUAACAAAGGGCAGUGGAAAGGGACCCGACAAGUGA